CGAACAGGAUUACGAGCUACUACUAUUUACUAUUUAAGACACUCAUUAAAUUAUGGAUGAUCACGAAUGGGAACUUUGUAAAGAAAAUGUUCAGCCCUUACGACAAGGACGUCAUUUAUCUUCACUUGCCACUGCGUUACAUUCGGAUCACGCAGACUCCGCAGAAAAUAAUUUAAUUAAAGAGCAACAAAAGUGAGACGAUGACAAAUACUAGUCUUACUAGUACAUUACUCAAUUUAUUAAUUAUAAAUUUAAUUUAAAUGGUUAUACUAUUCAGUGAUUCAAUCUAUAAAAUUUAUAAAAUAGUGUUAGUCUGUUUCUGUUUAGUUUUUGUAAGGGCAAGGGGUAAGGCAACUGUUAAGUUAGCUGUUGCUGAGUACACUCAACACUGUUCACCUGAGUGUUAAGUUAGUAGUUAGUUUUAUUACACUUUAACUUUACUACUUUACUUACAUUUACACUGUUAUUAAAGUUAAGUUAAAGUUAUUUCAACUUAGAUUUAGAUGUGUAAGUGUAAUUGUUCUCCUAGAACUACACUUACUUGAUACUGAUAGUGCACUACAAUCAUUCUCUUAAGUUCAUACACUGAGUGACACAGGCAACCCUACACAGGCAACCUAGGGUUGCCAACUCAAAAACAAAAUUUCCAUUAGUAGUAACAGUAACAGGCUAAAGUUAAAGUGCAGACAAUUAUUUUUAUAUUGCCAUGCCAUGACGUCAUUUAGGCUACAUAUUUAACUUAAUAGUUUAAGGGGUUAGGUUUAGGGAUAAGUUUAGGGUGAUCUUUCACGGGCCGGGGCAACCAAGAUGGCGGCCAUGGUGCGGAUUGUCUGAAUUUACCUAAAAAUAAUAAAAGUCUGUUAUCUUGGUUUAAAUAUCUUAUAAAGCUCUACCUAGUAGCCUGAGUUUGAAAUAUGAACCAAAGGAAAUAAGACCAGUACUUGCCAGUUGACUGUCAAUAGAUCUACUCAUACUGUCAUAAAGUUUUAUUUAUUUUAGGCUAUUAAUAUAGCGUGAGAAGUAGGCUACCUCAAAAGCACAGUGCAUUUGCCCUAUAUUAAGAUGUAGGGUCUAUAUCUUUGUGAACUUUCGACCUCCCCACCGUAAUUAUUUAUCACCCUCACUAGCAUUUUUAUCCUUUAUCUCUCGCUCUCAGUAUUUCUUCCUUCUACUUCUAGUGUGCAUUGCUACCCCACCCCCACUUAUUUCUUGAAAUGAAGUGUAUACUCGUCGCCCCCCAUGUAUCUCCGACGCCAAUUUUAUUAUCAACUAUUUGUGGUCAUGUGACAAGGCUGACGGACAGAUAUCUCGCCCAACUUUGUUACGUCGGUCAUUUGUCCUGGUUGCCGGAGGAGUAUCUCGAGAAUUAUUCGUCCGGUCGCCGGAAUUGUAGACAUUUUGAAUCUAAUAAUGUUAUUGACUUGAAAAUAAUACAAUUAAUAUUGCUUACUAACAGACCAAUUUUUUAUCCGAUAAAUUUUUAAAAUAUAGGCCGGCCAAGUUACUAUUAAUUGAUGAAGUCAUUUUUAAGACUAAAAAUGAAGCUUGAAAAAAAUUAAAUAGCCUCUCUAUGACCAUGACCAUAGCCUAGACUAUGUUUGUAGGCCAAUUUAUACUAUUAACUACUAAUACUAUAUAACACAGUGGUUCUCAACCUGUGGGUUGCGACCCUUGGGGGUCGAACGACCCUUUCCCAGGAGUCGCACAUGGUUGGAGCAAACAAUAAGAAUUCUUAAACACUAUAAAUUUUUGUUCGCUUUCAAAGAUUUUUUCAUUAUCUUAAAUUUUAUGGACGUUCUAAAAUUUUUACUCUUACGGACAUUAAAAGAGCAACAAAAGUGGACAAGUCGGACAAUUCAUUUAAAUGUAAAAUUUUUAUGGAAUGUGCAUGUGUGCAUAAAGUUUUGCACAUUUAUAAAUAUUAGCAUGGGGUUUAAUAAUCUGGGUGAGCCGAAGGAAAGUGGUUAACAAUAACAUGAUUUCCUUUAAUUAUGUUCCUUUUAUUUAAAUGAUUUAUACUGAGUUUAACAUCACUACUUGGUAUCUAACAUGUAAUGACUAAAAGUGAAUAAUAAGUAUUUUUUUAUUGUUAUUAUGAUCUAAAACAAACAAAUGUUGUAGUACUUCACUCACCAGAUUCCUAAUUAUAAAUCAUAGCUCUAUAUGUUCUGACUAAUUUAAAAUCAUUAUGUAGGCUACUAAAAGUAAUACAGUUGAGCUAUGUGCUGCAAUUAAGCAGAUUUAAGUAUCUAAUAAUGAGUUCUCAACAGGAAAAUUACAAACCUUGAAAUUUUUGGGUAGCUAUAAAUAUUUUAAAGAUCUCAAAUCUCUUUCAUUGAAUGUGAUCAAUAUUAAUUAAUUAUAGACAUGAUAUACAUAUUUAAAUUGCUCAUAUUUAAUGUUAGUAUAUGCGUAAAAAGAGGUAAAUGGGAAGACUAUGGUAAUAAGGAACCUGGGAGAGGUUUGGAUCAAGCUAGGGGCAAAGGUAUUUUGGAAGGGUUUUGAUGGGGUUGAGGGUGUGGUUGCUGAGUAAUAGAGCUUUUGGGAAAGGUGUCAAGACAGAACUUUUCACUGGUGGUGAUGGGGAGAGGGAAAUUGAAAGGGUGAUAGAGGGUGGAAAGAGUAGGGUUGUACUUGAAGGGUGGUGAGGAUGAAGUAGUGAAAAGAAUUAAGAUCACUGUAAGAGGCAUUAUGACAUAUGACUGUACAGGCUGCCAUAUCUUUUAUUAAGUAAAUAAAAAGAUAACAUUGUUGUAAUUUGUAUUAUUGCAUUAUUUCAUAGAGAUUUUAUUGACUAAUUUUCAGUUGCAAUCACCAUAAACCUUUUAAAAUUAAUACACAAUAAUUUUCUGAAAGUUACUAUUUCUUCUUGAAUUAAAAGUUAGAGACUUAAUUGCUCACAUGCAACCAAAGAGUGGCCUGUGCUGGUGUUGAUACACUUAAAGCAUGUGCAAUCAUAUUUUUAUGCAUUGAAGGGGGAUAAAUUAGAAUCCCAGUCUUCAUACGCUGAGCUAUAAUGAUUAUACUUUCUCCACUGUGUUUCCAGCAACUUUGAAAUUGAGUUACGGACUUAUGAUGGUGAUGACCCUUUUGAUGUUUGGGACAGGUAAUUUGUUGUUGUUACAAAAAGUUAGAAUGUCAAUAUGUUUUACAUGAUUGGUUGUUAAAAGAUAGUUCUAACUUCGAUGUUUUAAAAUGCUAGUAAGAAAAGUUGUAUUCUUGUUUUAUAACAAACUAUUUAUGUAACUUCCACUGUUAAAAAGCAUGUGUGUUUGAUAUCCUAAAAGUGGAUUUCAAAUACUCAUUAGAGAAGGAUGAGUAUUUCAGAAGAAUGAUUGAGUUGUCAUAAUAUAAUUAAAUAUAUUCACACUUUUUUAAAAUGUAUUUAAAAAUUUUUUUAAAAUGUAUUUAAAAAAUUUUUUAAUGGGAUUUAAAAAAAAAAAAAUCAAAUGCCAUCUGAAUUUUGUGAAGAAAAAAAUCAACAGAAUAGAGAUUUACCUACUAAAUCAGAAUAUUUGCCAUCAAAUGCAAAUCAAACUGCAUUAACAAAAAACCACAAAAAAAUGUGUUAUUUGAAAUUUAUUUUUAAAAUGAAAAAGUGAAUGUUUUAGAAAAAAAUGAAAAAUAACAUCUACUUGUUAAAAUUGAUAGGGAAUUGUGUCUAACUAUGGAGUGUAGUAUGAAUAACUUUUCAAAAAUAAAAAUUGUUCUUUUUAAAUUACGUAGGUAUGUUAAAUGGACAGAGCAGUAUUUCCCCAAAGGUGGUCAUGAUGGCCAGUUGGCAAUAUUGAUAGAAAGAUGUCUAAAGGAAUUUCAGGGUGAUCAGAGAUACAAAAAUGAUUCACGUAUCAUUCGACUUUGGAUAAAAUUUGUAAGUUUUUAUGCUUAUAGGAAACAAUUAUUUAAAAAAAAAAUAAUAUUACCAAUUAAUGAAUUAUAAGCAGAUAGUAUAACUCUAAAAAUUGUAAUUACAUUAUUUAAGAACAUUUGCAUUAUCUAAUUUGAAUGAAAUAUUUUUCAGGCUUGUUUUUCUGAUGAUCCUGUAGAGGUCUAUAAAUAUAUGUUUGAUAAUGAUAUUGGAGUGCAGUUGGCUUCACUUUAUAUUGAAUGGGCCAUAGCAACUGAAAGAAAGGGUGACAACAAAACGGCUGAUGCUUUGUACAUGCUGGGACUUAAACAAUGUAUUGAAGGAAAAGAUCUGCUUUUACAGAGGCAACAGUAUGUACAUCUUCCCUUUUUUUUGUUACCAAUCAUUCAUUCUUUAAGCAUAUGCUUACAGUAUUACAGGUAAAAAUGUGAUAAGCAUCAGUUUGGACUUAAGAAAAACUUGCAUCACCACAGUAUCAGGGAAUGAUUGUUUUCUUUAAUGCCGUUAACAUUAGAUUCACCAAACAAUCUUUAAUACUUUUAUCCUUUUGAGGAAUUUGAACUUUGAAGAUCUAAAAAUGAAGUUUUAUUUAAUUUUCCUUAUUUUAAUUUUUACUGAAAACAACUCUUUAUUCUUUUAUUUCGUUUAGAUCUGCCAUUUUGCGCACUUUAUUUUUAUUAAUAAAUACUGUUUUCCUUUCCUAUAAGCUUGUCUUUGAUAUCAAUCAUAAGGCUGUCCUACCCUUGCAGGCAUACAAUUUUAGUUUUAAAUAAUAUGUCAAGUUAACAAGAAAUCCUGAUGUUCAGUUAUUAGUUUAAAAUGUAACUUCAACUGAUUUAAUAUUACUACACACAAUAGCUCAUUGAGCAAUACUCAGUACUCAGAUCUCAUCAAGAAAAGAUGAGACUCAGACACACACAUAAAUGUGCAUAUACACACACAGCCACACAUAAAGAGAAAUAGGCCUAAAUAUAGAGAAUCCAUUGUUCACAUGUAAUUAAAAUAUUUAAAAUUCCAACAGACAAUUUCAAACUCGACUAGCAAGAAAUAUAACUUUGCAAAUAGCUGAACAACAGAAUUUUGGUACAUCUAUUGGCGAUGAAGCAGUGAAAAGGUCAACACUAGGACGACUAAAGCCAACUGGGCCAUCUCAUAAAGUUGGUGCAACGAGGACAGGAUCAGUCUUGCUGGGUUAGUUUUUAUCUAUUUUUAAAGUAUUUAACAAGUUCCUAGCAAAAGAGCAGCAAUGGGGUUACACAUUUUAUAAUACAAAUUCUUUAAAAUUUGUAGAAUAUAUUCUUUUAUUUGUUUUUAAAUAAUUCUAGGAUCAGCUGGAAGACUGAAGGAUUCAAGAACACCCGUCCCCAAACAAUUGCCUAACAAAGGCAUUCCAAUUUUUUGUGAUCGUGAAAAUGUACCCCCAACACUUGCACAGCAUCCAACACAUGAGUGGCAGUCCAUACCUGUUCAUGAAAUAGACAAUAGAGAAAAUAACAAAAAACCUGGGGUUUGGACAGAAGUAAAAGUAGGUUAUUUUCUUUGGUCUCGUUUGAUCUAUUUCAAAUAUCCUAUUCUUGAAUUAAAUUGUUUGUUUUGUUAAAGAUAUCUCACAAUGAGCACAUCUCAUUGACAAAACAUCGCUGAUGUAAAAGUUGAAAAUGUUCCAGUUUAUCAUGCAAAAUAUAAGCUCAAACUGCUGAUGCUCUAAUAAAGACACUGAAACCCAUUAAGGAAUUAUUGAUAUUAAAGUUUAAUGUGUUAUAAAAUUGAUUUAAUUGUAUCUUUUAUCUCUCAGGUCAAACAGAAAGUUGGCUCAGUUCCAAGUGUUCUGCCACCUACACCUUUCCAGAUUCAUGUGGAUGAAGAACCUGUAGGAAUGCCACAGGUGUAUGUAAAAUUAAAAUAUUUAAUCCAUCUUAAAAGUAAUGAAAAUUAUACAUCAAACCAUCUCUUAACUAUACUCAAAUAUGCUUCUCUGAAAUGUAUUGUUUGUAUCCAGAAACAAAUGUGCUGGCUUAAAUUUAAAUAAACAACCAAAAAUACUCUGAGACAUCAGUUGAAUUAUUAACGCUUGGAGCCUAAAAGUUUUAGAAUAGACUAUUAUAGAGCUCAUGUCAGUGAAAGAAACUGUUGUAAGGUCUAAGUUAUCAUUUUUCCUCUCCAUUUGAGCAGUUUGGUUGUUUAACCUAUGUCCACUUAUCCGCAGGACGCCUAGAAAAACAACACUGAUUGUGCAUAGUCAACCUCUAAGGUAAGAAUUUUAAAAUGCUUUCAGAAAAAAUUUCAUUUAUGUGUAUCUGGUUUGCAGAUUUGAAUGGAAGUAAAAAGAUAGUUUAUUUUAUUUCACAUUUGGAAGUAAAAAGUAAGUUUAUUUUCGAUCAAAUUUUGUGGAUGGUAUUAUUAGCUAUGCAUUUCUUUCUCAAGCUCCCGCAAAGCUGCUCAGGCUGAUGUGUUAAGCGGACUUAGACAACAAGAAGACACUGUAUCCAAUGUCAUCGUUAUGUAUCAGAAAGAAAAAAUCUACAACGGAUUGUCAGAGUUUAGCUUUGAGGAACUUAGAGCUGCUAAAUAUUGGAAAAGGAAAAAGAAGCAGGAUGCAGAAAAUGAAAGGCUAAGUAAGACAGGAGGGUUUGUUGCAAUUUUCAUAUCUGAGAAUUUCGGACAUUUCAAAUUUAUAUUUUAAUGAAGUUGCUUUAAUUAGAGUAAAUUAUGUUAUUUACUGACAGUACACUAAGACUUUUUGAUUCUAUUAAUGCUCACUUUAAGUCAAUAAUUAUGGAAAAAGACAAAUGUUAAACAAAUGUUUGUCACAUUCUUGUUUUAGAGGAAGAACGUCAAAAAUUAAAGCUAAUGUUAAUGGAACAAGAUGCUAAGAUUGCCAGAAUGGAGGCAUUACUCAAUGGCUUAACUAUCAAUGGGCAAGUAAAAUUUAAUCACUUCAAAAAUGCUUUUAACUCUUGGGUUUGUCCAUAAAAGAUGUUUGCAAACAUACCCAUAUUUCAACCCACACCUGUCUGCAUGUGGCUUCACACACACUCCCAUCUAGUGUUUCUUUCAAUUUCCUUGGGGUGCGGGAUUCAGAUUUUUUUGGGCGGCAGUAGCCAGAGGUGUAGCUAAGUUGUAGCAGAGGAGGUAAGAUGGCACCAGGCUAGAGGAGGCAGGGUGGGAGGGUAAAAAUGAAUCUUGUCUUGUGGCGCCAAAUUAGCUUCACCUUUGCCAUUGGCUCAGAAAGGGACAGAUGGGUUGGUCUGCCCAGUUGUCACUUUUGGACAACUGCAGAGUUUGUAUCGUGAAAGAGAGCUCUGCAAAAAUCUUGGGCUGUACUAAACUCACUACUCCACUAGGCAGUGUAUCUAUUUGCACCAAAAUAGGCAAUUAGGGCCAGCUAUGCUGUCGGGAAGUGGGGCAGAAAUGGAAGGCGCUGAAGGCUCCUUCAAAAGCAAGAGGUGCAUUUUGGAGUAUACCUGAAUUCAAUGUUUCUAUUUGACUAUAGAAUUGGGGAAAGGAACUUUUCUAGUGUCCGGGGGAAGCAUUAUGGCUCAGUGUCAUAAAUAAACUGAAUUCACUCCAGUUGUAGCCCACUCCAGGGUAAGCAUUUGACACAAGCUUAGAUUAAACCCCUUACUCUCACACUGAUCGGCUUGAGGGAAGUGAGGUGCAUAAACUGAUAUUCUCAAUAUACAAUGCUCUCUGUCAUCCUAACAUUUAGCUCCUUUUAGUUCUACCUUAAAUAAGUUUUUGUGUAUUCUCAAUAAUGUGGGCUAUAUAAAUCAACCGUAGACACUAGGAGCAGCAAGACAUCAUCAAGCCCAUUCUGUAAUUGUUGAAAUAGUACAAAUUGAAAUUAACAAAUAGAUCACUUAUAGAGGAUGCCAGCAAUUUUUAAAAAUUUAAACAUUCUGGAAUACACGCAGUGGGCCUAAAGCAGUACAGCGUAAACAGCACCCCCUUUUUUAUAAAUAUUUUUAAGGGGGAAAAAUUCUACAUUACAUUAGAUGUGCCCCAUAUUUGAGUAGUUUUUAAGGGGGGAAAAGUGUGUUCCAUCAGGUUAAUAAGGUAAAUUUUCUUAAAUAUAAUUACUGUUAUAUGUGCUAUUAAUAAUAUAAAACCAGCAUAUCUUUUUAUGGCCAAAGUUUGCAUUGCAGCUUGAUUUUUUAUAAUUUGUUUUAUGUAUAAUUAAAAAAAAAAAAGGUUAUGUGAAUGAUAGAAUGAUAAAUAAUUAUUGACUAGGCAGAUAAGGGGGUCGUUUGCAAAUCACAUCACUCUAAAAAUUACCUUUUCAGACCCCAUCUCCCCCUGUCACAAACUGUCACAAAAUCUUUACACCCCACCCCUUAGGUGGUAAAAGAAAUGACAUUUUUAGACCCCCCCCCCCCGUCACAAAAUCUUUACACACACACCCCCCACUUAAAAAAGUCACACCUAAAAAGACUCAAAACAUACAUAAAAUUUUCAUAACUAUACUGAGAUUUAUUCUUAAUAUUUUCCCAUAAUGGAUUAAGAUGUUGUAUUAGAAAACUGGGAAGUAAAACGAAAAACAACGAAGUCCUCCCAGAGCUGAGUGUAAAAUGGCCACAACAGUUUUUGUGUCAUUUUUUGAUAUGCGCAUAAGGGGUGCUUAAAUGAGUUUCACGGUCUUAUAAUACCUGAGGAAAUUUUGACCUCAAAUUAAUGUUUUUCAAAAUUAUAAAAUUUUGGUUUAAAAAUAUUUUUCUUCUUCCACGUAACAACCCCCACCCCCCCCCCCCCCCCCAAUCACAAAGUGUCAAAUUCUCAACCUCCUUCCCACCCCCUGAGCGUGACAUAGUUUGCGAACGACCCCUAAGGCAGUGUGGAUUCAGACAAAAUAGAUCCAAUGACUGAUCAGAUUUUCACCAUCAGAUGCCUAUUAGAGAAAUGUAACAAAUAUAAUCUCCCUGUACAUCAGCUCUAUGUGGACUAUAAAAUGGCUAAUGACUGCAUCAAAAGAAAAUAUUUAUAUGAGACUCUGUAGGAGUUUGGCAUAUCCAAUGAACUGACAAGACUGAUACAUGUAACAUUAAACAACUCAAAAAGCAAAAUCAAGGUUCAGGGACAAUAUUCAAAGGAAUUUCAUAUUAGACCAGGCCUAAGACAAGGAGACUCUCUGUCUUGUAUGUUAUUUAAGCUAAAAUUGGAGAAAGUUAUUAGUAGCAUACAUAUUGACACCUGAGGACAAAAUACAUGUUAAGCAGAUCUGUUAACCUUCAAACUCUUAAAUUGGUCCAAUAUCAUCACAAAAUCGUUCAGUACAUCAUCUUAAUAGUAAACAAAAAUAAACAUACAGUUUAUAUGAUGUAUACAACUCAAAAUCGUACAUUGUACUCAAAAUUGUAAGAAUAAACAGGUCUGUGUUAAGAGAAGAAAAAGACAGAUGAAACCAUUAAAAUAACAAUUACUUUUUAAAAAGUAAAUCAAUUCAAAUACCUGGGAUCUUCAUUAAAUGAAAGAAAUGAAUUAAUUACAGAAAUGAAGAAAAAAAAGAAUAUUGGCUGGAAAAGGAGCAUAAUAUCAUUUUUAUACUUCAGUAGUAAGAAAAUACUCAAAAGUAAAAACAUUACAAAAAACCAAAGAAAACUAUAUAUAUAUAAAACUGAAAUAAGACCAGUUGUAACAUACGGAAGUGAAACUUGGACCCUAACUAAUGCUGAAAACGUAAUCUAAGAGACCAGAAAAUAUGCGGGCCAACAAAGGAUGGAGAAUACAAACCAACCAGGAAUUGUACAGUUUAUAUCAGGAUCCCACACUAGUAGCAGAAAAAAAAUGGGCAAGCUAAGCUGGGCUGUACAUUUAGAAAGAAUGACAGGAGUGAAGACGGGGCACCAACAAAACCCCAGAGAAAAACGGCUCAAAGGCAGACCUAGGCUUAGGUAGAUGGACGAUCUGGAAAGGGAUCUACAGCAGCUGGGAAUCCAAGCAUGGAAAAGAAAAGGAUCAGUUAAAUCUGAGUGGAUGGAUGUUGAGAGGCUGGCCAAAACCCUACAUGGACUGUAACGCAUCAGGGAUGGAUUGAUGGGGCAGUAAUGCACUUUUCUGAUUUAAGUGAUAGUAUUAGUCAUUUAAAGGGUAUUUGCAUACCAUUUAGUGGAAUUAUUUAUUUGCAAUAAUUUUAUAAUGUGCUGCUCUGUACCCUUUGUGUUUCAUUUAAAACAAAAAAUGCUUUCCAUCAGUAAAAAGUAAAUUAAAAAAAAGAAGUACUGACAAAAAGAAAUAUUUUUGUGGGGAAAUAGUUUGAUUUCAAAGUAUAUGUGAGCUAUGAUUAAUUCUUUAAAUACACACAUUUCUUUAUUUGUAUGAAAAUUGAUUAGAAUUUGUUUGUAUAAUUCCAAUGUGGUGUCAUGCAGUCCAAAAGACAACUUGGGUCAUGUGCAGAUAAUGCCAGAGUUACAUCAUCACCAAAACAAUCCAACACAUGAGGGACAGUACACAGAUAUAUUGAACAACUCCGCUAGAGCUGAUGCGCUUUUAUCCACAGAUCUCUUUAACAGAUCAAACAUAAAGUAAGAAAUUAUUUUGUUCUAAGUAAAAACUCUUUUUAAGGCAAAGCUGCACUUCUUCAUUGGGGUUGCUUAAGGAUUGCAACCAUUUCUUAAGCUGUACCAAACUAUGCUGCCAUUUUUGGGAACAGACCUGGGAAGCUUGGUUAGUCUCUUGUGUCAAACUACAAAUUACUUUUGAACACUUAGCUGAAUCAAAUAUAUGUAAAAUACAUACUUUAGUGUUCUAUUUCAGAUAUAUCCAGGAUAAGCUGGCUAUUAUUUACUUAUUGUAUAUAGUUUAGUUGAUAAAGAAUUUUGUGAGUUCAUUUUUUUCUCUUUAGAAUGUGAUAAUAAAUAAGUUUUUAUAAAACUUUUUAAAUUUAAAAAAAAAAAAAAAACGGUCUUUGGAGGUGUGGGGAAAGUUUGUGAAUUCUGGACCCUGUAGUCUGUAAGAACCCUGUAAAAUAUUUGCAUGUAUUUUGCCAUACACUAAUUUUUAAUACUAUUUGAUGUUAUUUCUCUGAGGAUCUGGAAGAUCUCUCUCUCUUUUUUUUAAAUUUUUUUUAUUAUUUUUUUUUUUGGAACCCCGCUCAAGAGAGUUGGUUAUCCUGUACAUUUAUGCACUGCUCAGCUACUUUGUUUUCUAAACAUUUCAGUGAGCAUCAACCGGUUAUGUGCCAAGCAUCAUCUGAUUCAGGAACACCAUUGGAAAAGUAUUUGGGGAAUUCAGUCUAUCACCAAGGUAAGACACACACAUGAUUAUGAUUUGGUAGACAAUUACCGUAUUUUCCGGCAUAUAAGACGACUGGGCGUAUAAGACCACCCCCUACUUUUCCUUUAAAAUCUAGGGUUUGGCUGUACAUCAGCUCAUAAGACAACCCCCAACUUUUGAAAAGAUUUUCAUCGGUUAAAAAGUCGCCUUAUACGCCAGAAAAUACGGUAGUGCAUCAUUUAGAAAAGAAAACAUUACCUCAUAUUCAACUGAGCAUUAAAAAAAGAUGUUUUAUAGGCUUAACCCUCAGAGACCCCAUCUUGUUGCUACUGUUCCCCAUUGUCUGAAAUGGUUUCUCCAUGUGUUGGCUUUGUCCCCAGCUGGAAGGGGUGGGGGAAAGCCAAGCUGUACUUGGAGUUACUUGAUGUCAGUGCCCAUCACCGUUACAAUCAACUAGUUAAGCCCCUAAAGAAUAUAUAUGAGUACAAGUUACCUCAUACCCUUACUAUAAUACAAUUUAACACUUAAUUAAAUCCCACAUUUGGUUAAGAAUAGGAUUCCUUUGCAACGUCUUCAAUAUCACUUCUCAGAUGGUGUGCAACACAAAAGCUGAUAUUAUGUUUGUUAAUCUAUACAGUUUCAUAUCAUGAUAAAAAACCCACUUUAUUUCUUAAUAGGAAAUUCAAGUGGCUGCAUAGGAGCAAGUGAAGAAGACACAAGGAUGCCUAUAAUUAACCAUAUGUCAAGCUUUGUUUCAGGAGCUUCCAACUCAUCCUCCACAAGUACUUGUACCAGUAGCAACACAUCCUUAAAAGCAAAUGACAAAUCUCUGCUGUCCAGCUGCAAACUUGGCACAGUGGAAAAAGGGCACAGUCUAUCAACUACUGAGAUACAGAGUUCAUUCAGAGACAAAUACAUCGCCUUAAGUGAUAAAUCCAGCAACCCAAUCCUAUCAGACUUAAAUAAAUGCAGUCAGCCUCCUUUAGAAAAAAUUGUAGGUUGAUGGGUUAACUAAAGGUUACCUUACAAAAGUUAGUUUGAAUAAAUCAUCGAUAUCCUAUGAAUAUUAUUUGACUUAAAAAAUUACUUUACUUCAAAAAUUAAGGCCUUUAUAGGAGCUUUAACAAAGACAUCUUGUUAUAUAUUACUUUAAAUGGAUUUGUGUCAAAAUAUUGACUGGGAUCAAUCUUAAUUAAUGAUUUACAUAGCUAAAGACUUGUCUAUAUUCAAAGUACUAUAAUGUUAUUUAUCAUGAGAAGUGAUCAAUGUUUAAAGAUGUUGAAGAAUUAUCUAGUCUACUUAAGUAAUAUUUUUAUUUCAUCCAGCCCUUUGCUGUUCCUUCACCAACUGUGCACACAAAAGAAGCCAUGGAGUGCAUCAAUAAAUUAUUUUGUGAAUCUUUUGUUAGUGAAACACAAGCUACAGAUUUUGAGUUAACACCAGGUACAUUAUCCCACUUUUAUUAACAGUAUGUUUUAAACAAAAAAUAUGUUUGCAAUAAUCCUUCCAUUUUUGAUGAAUAAAUCACUUAGUACCUUCUCAACAUUUUCUCAGUGCAAUAAGAUUGUAACGACUGCGAUGAUUAAUAAUUUCUUAAAGACUUUUACUUUGACCUUUAUUAAUUGUGUAUGGAAAUUAGCUAUGAAAUACAAAAGAAAUGAACUUACUGAAUAUUUAGUGUAAAUAAUUGAAAUUCAUUGAUUCUAUUUGUUCAAUAGUCAAUACUGAGGCCCUGCUUGCCUCUUCGGCACCGAUUUCAUUGUCUGGAACCAGGCGCCCAUUUGAAUCAAGUGAAAACUCACCCAGUGCACCUCCAAUUAAGAGACAAAAUUUAAAAGCAUCAAUGAAUAUACCAUUUAAUAUUAUAAAAGACAUGAGUCCCUGUUCUGAUGAAAAUGGCAUACAGGCAAAUUCAAAUAAAG